GGCGCGUACGUCUGACGGUGCCGUCAGAGUUACGCACGGAGGAAAGCGGCGCUGCCAUUGGUCAACAUUUUCGAGGUCGCUGCCCCCCGCUGUGCCCUCCCAUCCGCCUCACUCCAUCCUGCCAGCCAGAGGUUAGUCCGAAGAAACCGAAAAUGUGAUUUAUUUUACUGUUACACAAGUCGGUUUAAUGUUUGCGGUUUCUGUGUCACUGUGUGGAAACUCUUAAGAGCGAGUGAAGCGCAUGAACCGGAGCGGUUGCCGUGUUUUUUGGGCUUCUCCUGGCGGAGGCUGGAGGACCGGACGGCGGAGCAUCGACUGAGGACUGCGGGUUAUUUCUCUACCCUCAUCCCUAAGAUGCUUCCCUGCCUGCGGAGAGUCCUGCGGCCUGCCUUCUCCUUGACAGCCGGGAGAGGACUGACCAGAGCCGGACACAGGAGCAGCGGACCAUCCGCUGUAGUAUCAGGCUCCCCGGGGAGGCUCGCCUCACAGCCUCCGCUCUCCGCGCUGGUGCAGCGAUGCUACUUGGGCACACAUCCCCUGAAGGAACCCGUGGAGCCCCUCAACUCACCCCGCGGAGCCAAGGACUUCAUUUACAGCCUCCAUCCGUCGGAACGCAGCUGUCUGCUGCGGGAGCUGCAUAAGUUCGAGUCCAUAGCCAUUGCUCAAGGGCAGCUGGAAAUCGCACCACCUACUUCAGCCCAGUUGAGAUAUGUCCUGCUGCAUAAUGCCAUCCCCUUUGUAGGAUUUGGAUUCUUGGACAACUGCAUCAUGAUUGUUGCUGGCACACAGAUUGAGUUAUCCAUCGGUGUGGUUCUUGGCAUUUCAACUAUGGCAGCUGCUGCUCUUGGCAACCUGGUAUCUGAUCUGGCAGGACUGGGGCUGGCAGGUUACGUGGAGGCCUUGGCAUCUCGACUCGGCAUGCAGAUUCCCGAGCUGAGUCCGAAGCAGGCGGAUAUGUGGCAGACCAGGGUCAGCUGUCACACGGGUAAAGCCAUCGGUGUGGGUAUCGGCUGCAUUCUCGGCAUGUUUCCUCUUCUUUUCUUUUCUGACGAUGAUGAGAAGAAGGAAGGACAGACAGAGACAAAAGAUGAAAUCCCACCUGCUCCGACAAGGAGCAGCAAAAACUGACCAAUUCAAGACGGAUACUCUUUGUAGUCCCGAAGAAAACCUGUCUGUUUGUGAGACUGACUGGUCUGUCCUCGCCGUCUGGAGUGUAUGAGAACAGACUGUUCUCCAGACACUUCUCAAGAACCAAACUAUCAGAGUAUUCUGAGGAGAAUUUUACAUGAUAUAUUUGACGAAAGCACAGGAGGCUGGUUAUGUGUUGUAAGAGUCCAGACUGGAAGGCUGCUAGAUCAUAACACCUACUAAUACAGACCCUCACCGCUACUUUAAGUCUGCUAAAUCACUUCAUUAUUAAGCACAGACUUUAUAUCAUGAGAUGGCAGCUCGGCUGACUGAAAGUUGGAUGACAGUUUAAAACAUUGCAGCAGCAGAGUUUGCAGCCAGUUUAAAGACACAUAACACUACUUAAACAUAUUCCAACAUAAGCUUUGUUAUAUAUUUUUGCAUCCAAUCAUCGUCAACUCAUUUAGUUUCUUUCUGUUAGCAUUGUGCUUUUGGUACAUCUUACGUUUCCCAAUCAGCAAAUUAGUCCACAUCUCUGUUACAGUUAAACAUCUCAUAUAAUUUCACUGUUUUUUUUAUGACUUGCUAAAGCAGUAAUCCAUGCGCACUAGCUAAGUACAACCUUUGGAAAGCCUUUAAGAGGCAGUUUUAAGAGUGUGUUGAAGUAAAGAGGUGAGCUAACCGAGGUGAGCUUAUGUCUAUCUCGAAUAUGGCUCCAAAACUAUUUCAUUUAUCUCCCUCAGCUGAACAGAAACAGCCUGGAGUUUAACUGCACUAACCUGCUGUUUCCUCCCGUACCUCCGUCAUAAUUUGAGCUCUGCUGCCCUCUGCUGGCCAACGCACGACUGUUUUCUCUUCACCAGUCCGACUCAUGGUUUUCCACCUGCGCAGUUGAUCUGAUGUCGAUUAUCAUUUCCCUCAGCUUAAAGUUAACUAACCAGAUAUUCAACAGGUUGUUUUUUUUGCACAUGAUGUUAAUCUCUGUAAGUUGAAAUUGAAGGAAGCAACCAAAUACAGAGCUGUAAAAAAUAUUUGCCCCCUUACAGAGAUUUUCCAGCUUUUGUUUUUUGGCGUACUUAAUUUUCAACAAGUCAAAUUCUGCCUUUACUUUUCUGAGUAAAGGCAGACGGUUGUUUCAAAUGAUGAUGACAUUUAUUUAAUGUAAAAAUCUAUCAUAACCAAGCUUGCUUCCUGUGAAAUAAGUCAUCUCUACCUUGUCUCAUCAUAAAUUAAUUUUAACUAACUUUUUUUUUUUUUUUUGCAAAGUUGAGGACAAUUUACUCAGACACUGUCAGACUUCUAAAAUCAACAAAUCACUUACAUAAAACGUGUCUGAGUGGUUAAAUUUGACCAUUAGGUCUUUAGAAUCAACACUUCAUGCCCUGAUCUAAACAACUGAAGAGAAAUGAUGACACUAACAUUUACCAGUCUUGAAAGAUUUACAAAGUUAAGGAUGGUAGUGUGAUGGUCUGGGGCUGCAUUGCUGCUUCAGGAACUGGGCAGCGUGCUGUAAUUAAUGGAACCAGGAUUUUUUUCCCCCUUUACUAUCAAUAGAAGAUUUUUCCUUACUGUCUAUAGAAUCUUGACAGAGAAUGUCAGGCCAUUGGUUUGUAGCCUUGAGAUAAAACAAAUUUUAAUUUUAUAUAGCGGGGUAUUUAUCCAAAGCACAUCAGCAGGUCCACUUUAGAACCACUCAAAAAUAAAACAAGCAAAAAAGAAACAAAGAAACAAAAGGACAAUUCUGGAAUAGCCUAGUCAAAGUACCAAUAUUAACCAGAUUUGGAUGAGGUGGCAUCCAAAUAUUUAUAUCCCUCAAAAUGUGACUGGAUAUAAAUAAUUUGACCAAACGAGAAGAUAUUUGAAGCUAUUUGUAAGGGGGUAAAUACUUUCAUACAGCACAGUAGUUCUGCUAAAAACUUUAUUUAUUUUUCUUUAAAUAUUUAUAUUGUGUUAUUUUUUCCUGGAAGAAAAAAAAAUACAUCCAGAAUCUGGAGUGUUCACGCACAAAAUGCAUUUUUCUUCUAAGCAGGAGAUUUGAGCUGGCCUUGAUUGAACGGACUAAAUGCUGUCUUAAAACAACAAAAUAAACAGUCAGUGUAUAUGACUGUUUCAGGUUUGUACUGUGUGUAUAAUACAAAUCCUGACAAGUUAUAAGAAUAGACAAAAUGUACAGAGAAAUAUAAAUAUUUAUGUAGUUUAUACAUUCCCAUUUUGCAUGCGUAGAUAAGUGUGUAUCCUCUCGGGUUGGUCGUGAGAUAUGAAUGAUGAGGGAAUUUAAUCAGCCAGAACUCUAACAUGUAAAGGAGGGAGUUUUUGCUCCAUACUUUUUGUGGCCCCUGAUCGUAUACAUCAUUUUAAAAUAUGGUGUUUUUAGUUUAAAAUCAGCCAAAAUGUUGUAUCAAGCAAGAACAAAAAAAAAAAAAAGACAGCACAAUGGUUAAUGGCUGCACUAAUGAUGCAUGUUAGAAAAUAAUAUUUUUGUUUUAUGUUGUGCGCUGGCUGACUUAGUGGACUUGUUUACUCUGAAAUGUUUGGUUUUAAACUUAAACUACAUGUUUUUCUGGUUGGUCUAAUGGCCUGAGGGUGAUACCUUUUUUCAGUAAACCAUAAAAGAAGGUAAUGAAUUUGGCUGAAAAUAUUUUCUUACAUUACAAUUUAACUUCAGGAAAUUCUGUAACAGUUGCCGUUACUUUACUUUAAAGAGAAGAUUUUUGCAUAACCCUGAUUAAACAUUUGAUUUUAUUUUGGGCAGUGGAAAUAUUUUCAAGAACAUAAGAUGUGAUUAUUUUAUAGCUUUUCAUACAAAUUAUUUAUUUCUGUUAAGACGACGUAUCUUACAUGUCCAAGGUUCCCCUGUAAAGUCUGCUGUGUAUAUAUGUAUUAAAAGAAAAAUAUCAAUCCAUCAA